AUGGGGACAGUAUCUGUUGCAUUGUUCUUCCUCUUCCUCGUCUUUCUCUGCUUCCCCAUCUCAUUGGACUCCCAGAAACUCGAUCCAUCGACGAGCUCACUCAACCAAGAAGAAGCCCAUGCAGAGCUUACAAUCAAAGACAUAAAAGGUGGAGAAGAUGACAAGAGCAUCGACAUCUUCCGGGCGGGGAAAGGAGGUCGUGGAGUUACAGGCGGAAAAGGUGGAGGCCGGAAAGCAUCUCCAAAAAAACGUAAUGCCGCCAUGGACCACCGGCCACCGUUGUUCUUCUCCGCUGCCUCCGUUCUCUUUACUGGUUUUAUAAUGUUUUCAUUAACUUCUUUCAAUAGUUCAUUAAGAUUCUGUAGUGCCUAAACAAAUGUCUUAACCUGAGUGUGACAUUGUACUGAAUAUUGUAAACUUCAAAUUCUAUUGAAACGGAUACAGAGUAACA